AUAACUCCGUACUAUGUAACAAACUUUCUAAUAAGUCUCCAAGAGCUUCGUCAUUCGCCGCUUGUAGAUCAUCAUCCGAAUCUUUCCCACUUACUAUAAGCUUCUAGGAAAAGCGAACUACUGUGGUACUGCAUAAGAAAUAAUUCUGCCAACAUCAUCUAGAUUCUUCUCUCACCAAGGUGCAAUCAACACGGGUGCCGAUUUUGGAGGAUUUCCCCACCUUUAGAGCUUAAACUUGAAAUACCCAUACUCAAAAAAAAUCCCUUCAGAAAACAGACAACAAACAACACGCACGCAACCAUCCGAGCUCCUAGAAGCAACAUCUUGACUCGAAUAUAUAUUCGGAGACCUUCAUCGCAGAUAUUGCAACUUGAGAAAAUAUACAAAAGGCUUUCUAAUCGCGUAUUCGACGCGAUUCACAUAGGUUGCCCAAGAUGAUGUCAGGAGAGGCAUGGUUGUACCUGUUGGCGGUGCUUAUCAACGCCGUCAAUCUGUUCUUGCAGGUAUUCUUCACUAUUAUGUAUAGUGAUCUCGAGUGUGAUUACAUCAACCCUAUCGAUCUUUGCAACCGUUUGAACACGUACAUUAUUCCUGAAGCCGCAGUUCAUGGGUUCUUGACCUUCUUGUUCCUUAUCAACGGGUACUGGGUUGCGCUCGUUCUCAAUCUGCCACUCGUGGCAUUCAAUGUCAAGAAGAUUCUCGAUAACGCACAUCUUCUCGAUGCUACCGAAAUUUUCAGAAAGCUCAAUGUCCACAAGAAAGAAUCCUUCAUCAAGCUCGGUUUCCAUCUUGUCAUGUUCUUCUUCUACCUCUACUCUAUGAUCGUUGCCUUGAUCCGGGACGAGUCGCAUUGACUUGAGAACACCAUCGGCGACCGGUACAAAGUGGAGGCAUAGGUAUAGCUAUAGGUUCUAUGGUCAAGGGCAGAGCUUGCUCGACGAGACGGAACUAAAAGACUACGGAAAAUGGGUGGCAGGUUUUACAUGUGCCAUGAUCUCUACGAUAUGUUAACUACGAAUGAAUGGUAUGGCUGAAUGAAUGGAUGAAUGGUGGCAGUUUGGGUGUAAUGGUAGUGCUCAUUCCAUUGGUUUUGAGCCUGGCAGGAAAAUGGGGAGAAUUCCAUAACGGGUGGACUUCGUACAGAAGCUUCAUGUGGAUAGAUACCUAACAUGCUAGAAAAGGCAUGGUUUUUUUUUGAUAUGAAUGAAUCUUGUUGUUUUGCGAUUAUCAAAUAUUCAUGAACUUGUCUUUAGUAGCAUUUUUGA